AACGCGAGGAGUAAGAAGUGAAAAGGGGAAAGGGUUUCUAACGAACAACGUUCAAAAUUGAAUUAUAGUUGUAUUUUGUGAUUGUCGUCAUCAUGGAAACAGAAACCAAGCCGGUAAGGAGACCCGGAAAAUCAGCCAGCGCCAAUAAAGCUCGAGAAACUGAUCAAAAAAAGGAUUCUCCCAAAGACUCUAAGAAGUCGAAGGUUGGAGAUGACACCCAGCAGACAGAACGCGAUCCAGAGCUAAAAUAUGGCCCGAUGCCCAGAUUUCCUCACCAACGUGUUUGGACCAGGGCUGUGAUGAUCCUAGCUCUGCUAACGGUAGUUUACUUUUCUUACAAGACUGGAAAAGAAGUGCCACUUGCUCGUCAGCAUGAAAUUCUACAUCAACGAAAGCAACCCUUGGAAUGUUCUGACUCUUUUAAGGCAGAGGUGGAACAUUAUCCAGGCUGCGUUCCCGAAAAGUGUGGAAGACUCAUCUCUGACAGUCUGAUAACUGCUGCUGAGGCCCAGGCCAUGCUUGAAAUUGCAAAACGAGGCCUUAAUCUUGGUGGCUCACUUGGAGGGGCAUCCAUCCUUGAUUUGCACUCUGGUGCUUUGUCUGUUGGGCGUACUUUCAUAAAUAUGUACUUGACUGAAAAAGGAAAAAAUAUUUAUCGUAAAUCGGAUUUUGAUACCUACAAGCAAGUUCGAAUGAAAAUACACCGUGCUGUUGCCCAAAACUUCAAGAUUUCACCCGAUGUACUAUAUCUCACUCACCCAACCUUUUUCUCAAGAUUAACUAAUCUCCCUCCUGGCACAGAACAUGAUGAGUACUGGCAUCCUCAUGUUGACAAGGAUACAUAUGAGUCAUUCCAUUACACUUCACUUCUGUAUUUGUCUGAUUAUGGUGAGGAUUUUGAUGGAGGCCGUUUUGUUUUCAUUGAUAAAGAUAAUGUCAAUUCUACAGUUGAACCCAGAAAAGGAAGAGUCUCCAUGUUUACCUCCGGAAAAGAAAAUACACACUUUGUGGAACGAGUUCGCUCUGGUACAAGAUUUGCUAUGACUGUCUCCUUUACUUGUGAUCCUAAGCAUGCAAUAUCAGAUCCCAAUGGGAAAGUUUUAAAGCGUGUUCCCAAGUAAAAUUUAAUCAUGUGUCAGAUAGAUUCACAUUUUGAAACAAGUUAGAGAAGCAAUUUAUCAAUUUUGCUAAGUGGUACUCGUUCUUUGCCUUCAGGUGACACAAAUGUAAUCUCAGUAUUUCAGUCAAUAUAAGGCGUAAACCAUUUAACUGAUGUCUUCUGAAUAGUUCAAGGUUUUGGUAACAACAUUACUUCAGAGAAAAAUAAUGCUUGUAUAGUACAAUCUAUGGGCAUUGAACUUGGGUUUAGAGAUCGGGGGAGCAGGGCUGUAUCCAUUGGUCUACAUCACGUUACAUGGCUGGGGUGCGCUAACAAUGCCCCUAGAGGAACGGGGCUUCCCUGAGACCUAGCGGCGAGAGGACGCAUGCGCCGGCACCGUUGUUGAGGUUAAAACCGUGGGACUUAGGCUGGCAACAGCACAACAUCUAGUAAUCUCAAAAAAUCAUGUAAUAAACGGGUAAAAUUCAUAAGAGGAGAAUUUUAGGACUCAUUGUUGGCUUUCUAAUGAGUCACAACACUUGGUCCUAAAUGUUUAACUUUGCAAAAUAUCCUAUUCCAUCAUUCAGUCCAGAACUUGCACUUCGCUCCUAUUGAUUUUAAGGUAAAAAGUGCUUCAUGGUAACAGAAAAAAGCUUCUAACAUUAGUUUCUCACCAAAACCAUACCUAUUCAAAAAAUAUUACAUUACAAUUGUGUGUUAAGUAUUUACUGAGUUAAACAUGUGUCACCAAGUUGUGUCUUACCAAACACAAUACUCGUCUUUACCUUUGUAUGGAUAUAGAAAGUAGGUAAAGAACGAGUAAAAAUAGAUAAGAAAUUACUGCAUAGUAUAUAAAACCAGAACAGCAUUAGGCUCUUGUUUUUGUAGCCCCAUAAUUAUUUAUUUCAAAGUUUCUUCUUAAUGAAAUGUAAUGUGAUGCUCAAGUAUUAAAAUGUUCAAUCUCUCAAUCCACAUUAAACUCCAAGGGCUUGUGACUUAUCUUUCAGCCAAGAAGACUGUUGUCAGAUGAACAUGAAGAUAGACCAUAAUUGAUCCAUAUAAGUUCCUAUGCCUGUAAUUUCGUGUGGUUGAACAUUCCUGUUAACUGCUAGUUAGUACCUUCUUUGUGUAUUGGUAAUUGUAAAACAUAUCAUUAUCAUAAGAAUUUUUAAAAAUUCGUGUUUUUAUACAGCAAUUGUCUUUUAUUCAUCUAGUGUAAUCUUAGAAGUUAAUUCAAAACUAGUCCCCUCUUCCGAACAAAAUGUACAUUGCAUUUGGUAGGAAUUUUGUUAAUUUCUUCCUCAAGUAAAGCCUACUUUUUGUUGCCUUGUGAGUUUCAUUGUUUAACAUUCCAUUGAAAAAGGAGCAUUAGAGACUUAUUAUUGUGCUCACUAGCAUUACCUUAUGCCAUUACUUAUUUAUUGUUCUUUGUCCUAAUUGUUAUUUAGUCACUAUUGCUCAUGAGAUUAUGUGGGAAUAAUUAAUUAUGUAGAGGAUUCUUUUUGUCAAUUUUGAAAUUACAGUUAUAGUAAUUGCCACUAAAUUGGGAACUAGAGAUGCAGACCAAAGAAAGAGUUUGGAGAGUCUUGAAUUUCUCAGACCAAUAGGACAGGUCAUGAACCAUGAACAGGCUGAAGGAUAUUGUGGUAGUGACUGAGACCUGGAUUUUUGUAUGCUAGUUUUUCUAAAGCUUGAUCUACUUGAGAAGUGGGCCAUAAAAUGUGAGAAGAAUCAGCAACGACCGUCCUAGCAUAACACUUAUUUGUUCCAUGUUUUACACACUUACACGUUUUCAUAACUUUUCUUAUUUUGUUAUCACAAACUGUACUCAUGAAUUAUGAUAUCGAUGUUAGUAAUUUUAAUAAAGAACACAAAAAGA